ACAGAACCAAUUACUCUAUCCUUAUAAUAAUAAUCUCUUUGUUUCUUGAGUUCACAGUCGAGUAUUUCAAUAUAUACAUGGCUUCGAGUUCAAUGAGUUCACGAAGGUCAACAUGGACGGCCCAAGAGAAUAAGCUCUUGGGGAGGGCUUUGGCAUAUUACGAUACCGAAACACCCGACAGGUGGCACAACAUUGCUAGGUCUGUGGGCGGCGGAAAGACGGCGGAAGAGUGCAAGUCUCACUUCCAGAUUCUUCUAGAAGAUCUCUACCAAAUUGAGUCCGGACGUGUUCCCUUCCCUUACAUGCAGUCAUCAUGAUUCCAUGAUCAGCUGCCUCUA